GAAUGGUUGACCUAAAGCUUACUUCCAAGAUCGGAUAGCCUUUUUUCAUACAUAUGUACACAAAAAGCAGGCACUAACCCACAGGCACGUUAGGAAGUUCAGCUUAUCAGGGUGUGGAGGAGGAAAUGGUGGAACGUUUACUGGCACCGCCAACAACAGGAAGGACUCAUAAAAGAGAACUUAUGGCAUACUGUGACGCACCAGAUAUGCAUGAACAUCUUCAGUGUUCUGUCUGUCUGGAUGUGUUCAAUGAUCCGGUCACUACUCCAUGUGGACACAACUUCUGUAAGACCUGCCUGACGGCAUGCUGGGUACAGAGUCAGGAUUACAGAUGUCCAUACUGUAAAGGAACUUUCAUCCAGAGUCCUGAUCUGAAGUUCAAUGUUACGCUUAAAGCGAUUGUGCAACUGUUUGAGAAAAACCCAGAAGGCCUGUCUACUGCUGGUGAGCCAUUGUCAGAAGAGCUGCAGUGCUCUAUUUGUCUGGAUGUGGUUGACAAUCCUGUCACAACUCCAUGUGGACACAGCUUCUGUGACACUUGCCUGAAAAAGUGCUGGGAUAACAAUCAGAACUGCACCUGUCCAGUUUGUAAAGAAACAUUCAACAAAAGGCCUCAUCUAAAGUGUAACACGGGUCUUAAAGCGAUUGUAAAACUCUUUGAAAAAAACUCAGGCUACAAGAGGGAAAAAGUAAUGACGGAAUACUCACCACCACAAGAAAGGGAAGACCAAGAAGAGACACUGGUGAAACCUUCUGUCAUGGCGUCCUCUACUGAUAUCCUGUUUAAAGACCUUCAGUGCUCUGUUGACCCAGAUCUGUUCAAUAAUCCACUUAUUGCAUGUGCUUGUGGGCACAACUUUAAGACCUGUCUGUUGGAAAUCAGUCAGGAUUGCGAUUGUCCUUACUGUAAAGAAAACAUCAGUGAGAUCGUUGAUCUUAGGGAGAUGGUGCAGUUUUGGCCUCAUUCUGAAAUCUGUAGGUGUCAGAGCUCUGAGGCUAAACCUGGACUUUAUGAGAAAGUCCUAAAUAUAAAGCAAGUCAUAAUGAUUGAACUUUCAGAGAAUAUAAAUCGCAAUAUAUGCAAAAAACAUGAGGCUAUCCUGGAGCUGUUCUGUAGAGGAAGAGCUGACAAUGAGAAACAUAAGAGAAACCUGGAGCUGUUCUCUAAAGAUUUCCAGACAUGUGUGUAUCUGUUCUGCACUGAGGGAGAUCACAGAGCUCAUAACACUCUUCCUGUUGAAAGUGCAGAGAUUAUGACCCACACACAUGUGCAGCACAUCAUCCAGGUGAAGAAAAUAAAAGAAAUCAAACACUCAGUUGAACCGAGCAAAGGAGUGGAGCAAAAAAUGUCUGAAUGUUUACCAGGACCGCCAACAACAGGAAGAAAGCGUAGAAGAGAAAGUAUUGAUAUACCUCCAUUUAUGGCUUCCUGUGAGGCACCAGUGCAUGAACAUCUUCAGUUUUCUGUCUGUCUGAAUGUGUUUAAUGAUCCGGUCACUAAUCCAUAUGGACACAACCUCUGUAAGACCUGCCUGACUGUAUGCUGGGAACACAGCCAGGAGUACAGAUGUCCAUCUUUCCUCCCGAGACCUGAUCUGAAGUUCAAUGUUGUACUUAAAGAGAUUGUACAACUCUUCAAGAAAAACCAAGAAGGCCUGCCUGAUGCUGAAAGCACUCCCCGAGCACUGGGUGAACCACACAGUUAAAUUACUUCCACUAUAUCUUUCAUUAUCUUGGAUCUAUACUGAACUGUCCUCUGUAGUCAAAUUAUUUUUUUUGCUUGCCCACAAAACCAAAUAAUCAUGUAAUAAUAUUUAAUCAUCCUUUUAACCAUAGACCUAUAACCACCUUAGAUUAUUUAGAGUAAAUUGUGUUUAAAGACUUUACUUUAUUAAAACUACCUAUAUCUAA